GAGAGAGAGAGAGAGAGAGAGAGAGAGAGAGAGAGAAGCCAAAGCCACCAAGAAAAAGUGGAGAGAAAGCAAAGGAGCGAUGACGAAGCUAACAAAUUAAGAACCUCCCCUCCUUCCUCCAGCUGAGUAUCGACGACUGCACUUUGUUGAAUUUCUCGUCCUCUUAGGUUUUUUCAACUAUGUCGGAUCUGUACGGGACAGCUCCAGACUCCGAAGAAAUCUCGAACAUUCUCAGCCAACUCCUCCACGGCCACGGCUCCUCCGCUUCCUCUUCCUCGUCUUGCAUGCCGUUUAAGCCCACUUACACGCAUCUACCGCAUUCCUCAGUGGCGCCGAACCACGCUACGACUUCCGAGGUCUUGAUUUUGGAGACUAGGCAUGAAGAUUAUCACCGGUUUGCCCGAUCGGAGGACCGGCGAGUCGCGGACGGGAACUCCGCUGCUGCGGUUGUCGAGUCUUCGUCCGGUUUCGAUUUCACCGAUUCCGGUGGCUAUUUCCAGGCAGAGGUAAAAGAAGGUAUGGAGUCUGACGCGAACACGUCCUUGAAGGGGAGGAGGAUUUCGUCUGAGAAUGAUCUCGGUGACUUUAGCUAUGAUAGUGAGGGUCAUGACCGGUCAGAGGUGCCAUUGAACCCAGCUCCGCCACGUAGUUUAUCCAAGAGGAGCAGAGCUGCGGAGGUCCAUAAUAUGUCGGAAAAGAGAAGGAGGAGUAGGAUCAAUGAGAAAAUGAAAGCCUUGCAGAACCUGAUUCCAAAUUCGAACAAGACGGAUAAGGCUUCAAUGCUGGAUGAAGCAAUUGAAUAUUUGAAGCAGCUCCAACUUCAAGUACAGAUGUUAACAAUGAAAAAUGGAUUGAGCUUGCAUCCAAUGUGCUUACCAGGAGUCAUGCAGCCUAUGCAGUUGCCUCAUAUGGGAUUAGGCCUUGAAGAAGGAAGUAAUAAAUUUCCAAAAUCGAGCAGAGGAAUAAGUCCAUUUUAUGAGAGUGAAGAGAACCCGAUGCAAUCUGCGUUUAAUAUUUCCCCUGGAUGCACAAUCUCAAACCAGCCAAUGGUCUUACCUUCAGUUGCAAAUGUCCCCACUUCGGAAGCCACAUUUGGUUUUGAACCAUCGAUUCAAGCUCUCUACAGACCCUUCAACCUAGCUCAUGAUUAUGCUUUAAUCUGUAAUAUAUAUCAAGUCCUUGGAAAAAACUCUUCAAACAAAACAAAAACAAAACUGAAUUCAACCAUCCCGAACGUCUCUAAGGAGAUCCAAGAAAUCCGAAUCGACCACGCUCGGAACCCAGUACCCGACCCGAAUCCCAUCCAGCACCAGAACCACCCCGACCCGGUUGCUGACUCGGAGCCCUUGGCCAGAGCCCAAGCCCUGCUUCUUCAGCCGGAGGAUCAUGAGAGCCCCGCUGGGGGUGGUGGCCGACAAAGAAUUCACAUUGAGAUUGGGAAGGACCAUCGGAUUUCGUACCCGGAGAAGGGAGGGGGGUCCUCGCAUGGAAGUGGUGAGGCUCGUUCUGGGGACCAGGGGCUGAUGGCUGUGCCUGAAGUUUCGCAUUUGGGUUGGGGCCAUUGGUACACUCUCAGAGAGCUUGAGGAUGCUACUAAUGGGUUUGCUGAUGAGAAUGUGAUUGGUGAAGGUGGCUAUGGAAUUGUGUACCGUGGUAUCUUUGAGGAUAAUCAUAUGGUUGCUGUCAAGAAUUUGCUCAAUAACAAGGGACAAGCUGAGAAGGAGUUUAAGGUCGAAGUUGAAGCAAUUGGCCGUGUUCGCCAUAAGAAUUUAGUAAGGUUGCUUGGUUAUUGUGCUGAAGGAGCUCAUCGGAUGCUUGUAUAUGAGUAUGUUGACAAUGGAAAUUUGGAACAAUGGCUUCAUGGAGAUGUUGGGCCUACCAGCCCUCUUACGUGGGAGAUUCGUAUGAAUAUAAUACUUGGGACAGCGAAAGGGUUGACAUACUUGCAUGAGGGGCUUGAGCCCAAGGUCGUUCACCGUGAUAUAAAGUCUAGCAACAUCUUACUUGAUAAGCAGUGGAAUUCAAAAGUAUCUGACUUUGGCUUAGCAAAGCUCCUGGGCUCAGAAAGGAGUUACGUGACAACUCGUGUGAUGGGAACAUUCGGAUAUGUAGCUCCAGAAUAUGCUAGUACUGGUAUGUUGAAUGAAAGAAGUGAUGUUUAUAGUUUCGGAAUUCUCAUAAUGGAGAUAAUUUCUGGGAGAAACCCAGUGGACUACAGCCGCCCUCAAGGAGAGGUGAACCUAGUUGAGUGGCUUAAAGCAAUGGUUACAAAUCGAACUGCUGAGGGAGUUUUGGAUCCUAGGUUACCAGAGAUACCUUCUUCAAGGGCACUGAAGCGUGCUCUUUUGGUUGCCUUGCGUUGCGUGGACCCGAAUGCUCAAAAGAGGCCAAAAAUGGGGCAUGUGGUACAUAUGCUUGAAGCUGAUGAGUUCCCUUUCCGAGAUGACCGCAGGGCUGGAAGAGAAUAUGGACGGUCACCACGUGAUGCUUCAAGGAUGGACAAGCGCGUGAUUGAAUCAGGUGAUAGUAGUGGGUAUGAGAGUGGUGCCCAAACUAACCAGUCAUUAUGGAGAAAGCGAGAAUUGGAAGAAGAGCAUUAGCCUCACCAGUCACCAGUUUCACGAGUAAGGUGAAUUGACUCACCUUGUUUUGCCCCUAUGCUUCUGUCUAGGGAUAGGUUAAAUUAUGUAGCUGUUAAUUACUUCCCCUGUAUAGCCAUUCAUGUCAAUAUGAGCUUGCACUUCGGUGGAUUCUCUAGCAUUUCGUUCCUUUUCUCUCAAUGUAAUUGAAAUAAACCAGAUUAGUGUUUUUCACUCCACCGGCUCUUCUAUGGUAAUUCGGUCCCAAGGGAAUUUUCAUAAAUCGUAAUUCUCGAAUCAUUGCAA